UGCUGUGGCUUGAGGGAAACGGGUCGACAUUUACACACGGGAGAAUCGCACUUUGCGGCCUGUGGAAGUCCCCCUCCCCUCCCUGAGCGAUGGCCUCACCAAUCUCUGUGUAUAAUUCCAAUGCCUUGGACACUCACAUCUCCAGUACUUCCAGAGAGUCUCUGAAGAUGGAGUUGUUAGCUGAUGUCACCCUGCUGCCAGGAGAGGAGAGAAUCACAGACAAGGAUAUCAUCUACAUCUGUCCGUUCAGCGGUGCAAUCAAAGGCAAAGUGUUGAUCACAAACUACAGACUCUACUUUAGGAGUUCAGAUUCUGAUGUGGCAGUGACACUGGAUGUUCCUCUGGGUACCAUCAGUCGAGUAGAGAAAAUGGGCGGGGCGUCGAGUAGAGGAGAGAACUCGUAUGGCCUGGACAUCACCUGCAAGGACAUGAGGAAUCUGAGGUUUGCCCUCAAGCAGGAAGGUCAUAGCAGAAGAGACAUCUUUGAGCUCCUCUUCAAGCACGCCUUCCCUGUCUCCCAUGGCCUGCCUCUGUUUGCGUACGUGACUCAGGAGAAGUACGAGGAGAACGGCUGGAAUAUCUACAAGCCCGUAGAAGAGUUCAGACGGCAGGGCUUACCUAAUAACAAGUGGCGCAUUACUUUCAUCAAUAAAAGCUAUGAAGUGUGUGACACCUACCCCACUGUGUUGGCUGUGCCCUUUAAAUGUAAAGAGGAGGACCUGAGAAGAGUGGCUUCCUUCAGGUCUAAGGCACGCAUACCAGUGCUGUCGUGGAUCCACAGAGAGAAUCAGGCUGUGAUCGCGCGCUGCAGCCAGCCUCUGGUUGGCAUGUCUGGUAAAAGGAACAAGGAUGAUGAGCGCUAUCUGGACCUGAUUAGGGAAGCUAACGACACCACCAAGCUUACCAUCUACGACGCUCGCCCCAACGUCAACGCUGUGGCCAACAAGGCCACAGGGGGUGGCUAUGAAGGCGAUGAGUACCAGAACGCAGAGCUCAUAUUCCUCGACAUCCAGAACAUCCACGUCAUGCGGGAGUCCCUGAAGAAACUUAAAGACAUAGUGUAUCCCAAUGUAGAAGAAUCUCAUUGGCUGUCCAGUCUAGAGUCCACACACUGGCUUGAACAUGUCAAGUUGGUGUUGUCAGGAGCCAUCCAAGUAGCAGACAAAGUGUCCAGUGGGAACUCUGUGGUGGUUCACUGCAGCGACGGCUGGGACAGGACUGCUCAGCUCACGUCUUUGGCCAUGCUCAUGCUGGACAGUCACUACCGCACUCUCAAAGGAUUACAGGUGCUUAUUGAGAAAGAAUGGAUCAGCUUUGGGCACAAGUUUGCUUCAAGGAUAGGUCAUGGUGACAAGAACCACGCCGACCAGGACAGGUCUCCCAUCUUCGUCCAGUUCAUCGAUUGUGUGUGGCAGAUGACGAAACAGUUCCCCACAGCCUUUGAGUUCAAUGAGCGCCUCCUGCUGACAAUCCUUGAUCACCUGUACAGCUGCCGCUUUGGUACAUUCCUCUACAACUGUGAGAGUGCACGAGACCAGAAUGGGGUGAGGUUGAAAAGCGUGUCCUUGUGGUCUCUGAUCAACAGUAAAACAGACAUUUAUUUAAACCCUUUCUACACGCCUGAGUCUGGUCGGGUUCUCUACCCUGUUGCUAGCAUGCGCCACCUUGAGCUUUGGGUCACAUACUACAUCCGCUGGAACCCGCGCAUCCGACAGCAGCAGCAGAGUCCAGUGGAGCAGCGCUACUUGGAGCUGUUAGCCCUCCGAGAUGAGUACAUCAAGAAGCUGGAGGAGCUGCAGCUCUCAGACUCUGCCCCUACCCGCUUGGCUAACAGCUCCACCCCCAACACAUCAUCGUCGUCCUCUUCCCCCACGUCACAGCAGUACACACACCUACACACUCCCUUCUGAGGGAGAUACUUGCACUUGUGUCCACACAGGGAAUGAACUGGUGUGUAACAAACUAUUCUAAAACCAAUUUGGUGACAGGGGUGCAGAUUAUGCAAUGUGUCACAAUGCAGCCUUGUCACAAGACUUUUACACACACACGGCAUACAUAGAAGCCUUAAAGAUAUUUUGUGGCUUUGAAUCCAAGGGCUUGAAUACACUGGGCAUGAUGCAAGUGUGUGGGCAAGUGCGCGUCACUUUGUCAACCAACAAGUUGACAUGCACUUUGGCUGGAAACAAACUAAUGGCAGAAUUUCAAGUUCUCCUUUCAGUGACAAUUCACUUGCACUCGCACGUAAAAUGGCAUGCACUGUUUGUGUGCAGGUCUUAACAAAAUGGAGUAAUGAGAAAGUUAGAAUCAAUGACUUCUCCAUUUUAAUUUUUUUUUUCUUUCAGAGUUAAUUUAGCAGUUGUAAGAUAGCUUUAUACAUUGCCCACAUAUUUCCCCCCUUCCUCCACUGGUGAUGCUACACUAGGAUAGCUCUGCCGUCUUACACUAAUCACACACUAGACGUACAACUAAUGGUGUACAGAUUCCCUAGAGAUGAAAUAAUAUUGCACUUGUCUCCUCGUGCUGAAGUUAAAUGUCUUUGAGUCAAGCUGGGUGGACGCUCGUGUGUUCAUGAAUUGCUACUUGUGUGGUUGUCGUGUUCUCCUGCACUUCCCAAGCCACGGCACUGAUAGCAAUUAAUCAGUAAAUAAUCUACUGAAUGCAGCUUUGAGUUUAGGUGCUUAACAUAGAAUAAGGACGUUACUGUAAGUGGUGCUGACCCUGGAUCAGUGCUUGUAAUUUCAUGCAGAGCCUGGAUGUCCAGGAAAGCCUUAUUUUGAUGUUAAAAUAUGUUUAGACGUUGGCCCUUGCAUUAGGAUAUGAUCUUCACUUCCUGCUUUUAAAGUUGAUGUUUAUUUGCCAGUAUAUGAUGUUAGUUUGACAAUAGCCAAUGACAUUUCCUUUACGGUGUAGGGAAUGUUAUGCAAGUCCUUUCUCUUUAUGACAAGGACACUGUAAGGGAAAGUAAUUCACUCCCAGUUAAUUUGUUGAUGACUCAAAAGGGCUUCUUCACGGAGGGAGGAAAAAGAACCAAAAAAUCGAAUACAAAAUCACCUAGUCUAGGCUCAUCACAAAAUAGCUUCCUCAUGUCUUGUCCUUUCAAUAUAUAAAGUAUCCCUUAUUUACAAGAUGCAUUUAUGUCCCCCAUUUCACACAUUGUCUCGUUGGCAAGCUGAUACUUUGACAAGGGCGGUUUGAUUAGCUUCUGUCCAAAUGUGUGCCUUGAUUCUUGGGAGGAAUCACCAUCACAUGUCGCACACACGUGCUCAUGUUUGACAUAGAUCCAAUAGAAAACUCAUUUGGGGGACACCUUGUUGUUCUUAAUAGGUGUUUCUUUCCAGUGUCGUAGACAGGGUAUGGCUUUGAUGUGCUUUUUUCUGAACACAUCGGCCUAUCAUAAGGGAUAAACAGGUGUACCUGGCGCUCCGCCCUCUUGUCCCAGAAUGCCAAACUCCUAAUGAGAAGUGUGGACACUGACUUAAAUAUGUGUGCCCUUUUCUACUGUUAUUUCCACAUUAGGAGAGAGAUAUAUUUCCUCUAAUCAGGACUAGAAAGAUGUUAUUGUGUUGGGUCAAUGUCAGGUGUAAUUGCAAUAGCACUGCUACCUCCAUCACUAAACCUUGAGAAAACAGGGUAAGGUUGUAAGCCUUUUAUGUUUUUAUACAUCUUGUGAUGGCAAGACAAGCAGUGUUCUACCAAAACCUUAAUUGUUUCCUUUAAUGUCCCAUCCUUUAGUUAAAAAAGCCCAGCAUCAUGGUGGGAAACAGUACAGAUGAAUCUAUUUUUAUUUGAUUUUUGUAACGAGCACCAUGAUGUAAUUACCUCAAUGAAAACCUAAAGUUGUAAAAUACAUUUAUUUUAUGUAGUGUAAAAUCGCUCCAUGGGUCUUUUUUAGAGCAUUUUUGUUGACUAAUAUAAAAAGAGAUCGCUUGUAUGCUAUGUAUGUUUUACACACUUUUACCCUGACAAUUGUUUACGUAAGUCAUUUAGGGAAUUUUAGUUUUAGGGGUGCAUUUCUUUUGUUUUUCUCUUUGAGUAUUAAUAUUAUUUGGGGCUUGAAAGGGAAGCUUGCCAAAAGUCAGAAUACAUUUCUAAUGUAAUUCUUUUUAAUCAUGCUAUAUCCUCUCCACAAUUUGGUUGGGUGAUUAUUUUGUUAUGUAAAUAAUACUGAUUAAAUUAAUUUAAGAUUGAU